UAAAAUAAGAGAAAAGCUAUAAAAUAAAAAAAAACUGUUCGUGUCAAUUUCUUGUAUAUUAUUUUUCUUUUAUUUGACAAAUUAAUCAUAUUUAUUUAAAUAUAAGAAAUAUAUAUUUCAUCUCAUUAGGUAUUAAAGUAUGUGUAUAUAUUAAGAUUUCCUAACAAAACAGUGUAAAUAAAAAGAAAAUCGAUAUGAACAAAAUUUUAUAAAAUAUCGUGUGUAUGUGUGAAUGAAUGUGUGGUGGAAACAGUCUCUGAGGCCGCUAUAACGGGUCAACAAAAAUAAGCGGAAUACAAAUUAUUAGUGCAAUAAAGAUAUAAAUUAGUAUGAACAUUUAUUAUCAAGAUGGAGAGAAGAGUUAAAUUGAAAUCUAUUAAUCCUCACAUAACAUGUAAAAUAUGUGGAGGAUAUUUCAUUGAUGCCACCACAGUUACAGAAUGUUUACAUACCUUUUGUAAAAGUUGUUUGGUUAAACAUCUGGAAGAGAAGAAGACCUGUCCUACCUGCGAAAAUGUUAUACAUCAAUCUCACCCGCUUCAGUAUAUUAGCUUUGAUCGGACAAUGCAAGAUAUUGUUUACAAAUUAGUGCCAAAUCUGCAAGAAGAUGAAAUGCGUAGAGAGCGUGAUUUUUACAAAAGUCGUAAUAUGGCCUGUCCAAAAGAUUUACCACAAAAUCAUGAUGACGACAAUGAAAAGGUUAUGGAAGCCCAUGCUGAAUCAGAUUUCCAUAGAUUGGACGAACAAGUGAAUGUAUGUUUGGAAUGCAUGAGUAACAAUUUUAAAAGUCUGCAGAGACGUUUUAUACGCUGCAGUUCUCAGGCAACGAUUACGCACCUGAAAAAGUUGGUGGCAAAAAAGAUAUUAAAUGGCAUUGACAAAUAUAGAGAGAUUGACAUAUUGUGCAAUGAGGAAUUGUUGGGCAAGGAUCAUACAUUAAAAUUUGUUUAUGUUACCCGUUGGCGUUUUCGAGAACCUCCUUUACGUUUGCAGUUUCGUCCUAGAGUAGAAAUUUAGUUUAAACACACUAUUAUAUUAUGUCUUAAUAUUUUACGUAAUUUUAAAAAAUAACUACUGUAAUAAAUCGUAUAGUUAAGCCAGAGUUAUCUAUAUAUACAUAUUAAAAUUUAUAAUACAUAUAUAUAUAUUUAUUUAUAAACUAAUAAUUUAAUUCAUAGCUUUUAUUACGAGUCUUAUUUUAAAUAGAUUUUUAUUUUUAUAUAUAGUAUGCUUUAAUGAUGAUUAUACUAAAACCCCUCUACUAUUAUAUUAUAAUUUUAUACUUCCUUUCACAAAACCUGAUUUUAUUUUUUUAAUACACAUUUACAUUUUUUUGAAUCAAAAAAUAUAUAUGUAUAAACGUAUAUUUCUUUUUACUUCCUUUCAUAAAACCUGAUUUUUUUUUUAUACACAUUUACAUUUUUUUAAUCAAAAACUAUAUAUAAAUAUAUUUUUCUUUUAAUUUUUAUUUUUAUACAUACUUCCAUUAUGAUUUCAAACAAACUUUAUACAAAGAAAAUAGUUUUAUAUAUUUAUAUAUAUUUUGUAUAUACACAAUAAAAAUCUAUUAGAUAAAUAAAUGAUAAUUUAUAAAAAAUUAAGAAAAUAAUAAAUAAAA